CUUCAUUUCUCAACUUAUAUUUGAAAUCGUAUGCUUUUUAAGGGUUCUUCCAUCAAUAUUUCCCAGAAGAUCGAAAUAAAAUCUUAUUUUACACACGCCCAGAGGAUAGAUACAAGUUUAAGCUCGAGCGUGUUUAGUGCUUUUGUCCGAAACAGAAUUUCUUAGAAAGCAUUCUCAACGGCAGGAAAAGCUUCAAACUGCUCUUCCAAGAUGGGGCGGCCUCCGCUGGGCGGAACACCUGCAUUUCGGUUUCUUCAAACCGAGAUUGCAGACAUGGAAAAGGCCUUGGAAGAAAACAAUGGUUUAAAUCCUCCCAAGGAGACUGUAGUUCAACUUGCUGAUAAGUUCAGUGCAUCUCCUGAACGACUUGGAAAAAUAACUAUACAAUGGAAGCAGAUUUGGAAUUGGUUUCAGAAUAAAAGGCAUGCUCAAAGAGCUAAAAGUGCUAAGAUGCCAGAAAACUUAUAUUUCUCACCUCCAUCUUAUGAUGAUGCUAUGCGAAGGCGAGCAUCUACUAAUUCUUCUGCCACUCUUACAGAAGAAUCAGGAUCGAUCGUACUGGAAGACCAGCAGUCAAAAGGUGAAGAUGAGGAUAUACCGGAUAGAGGAUUUGCAGGCAGACAUAGAGGACGUGGCCGUGGACGAGGAAGAGGAAGAGGGAGGGGUCGUUCACAAGCUGGCAAAGAAGACACAGGGCUGCUACCGCUUGAAGAUCAGCAGUCAAAAGAGGACACGGGCUUGCUCCAACUGGAAGACCAACAGUUGAAACGUGAAGAAGAGGAUACACCAGAUAGACCAUCUGUAGGAAGACCUAGAGGACGUGGCCGUGGUCGAGGAAGCGGAAGGAAUCAAUCACAAGUUGGUAGAGGAAGGAAGGCUCCAGACAGUCCUAAAAUGGAAUUUGAGGCUAGAUCUGCAAGAGACAUGGCCUGGUAUGAUGUUGCUGGUUUCUUAACCCAUAGAAUGUUGGAACCAGAUGAUCCUGAAGUUCAGGUGAGAUUUGCAGGGUUUGGAGCCGAGGAAGAUGAAUGGGUCAAUGUAAGAAGAUCGGUUCGACGUCGUUCUCUUCCAUGUGAAAUUUCUGAAUGCAUUGCGGUUUUACCUGGGGAUCUCAUACUCUGCUUUCAGGAAGGAAAAACACAAGCACUUUACUAUGAUGCUCAUGUCUUGGAUGUUCAGAGAAAGCCACACGAUAUAAGGGGUUGCAGGUGCCGAUUUUUGGUUCGAUAUGACCAUGAUCAGUCUGAGGUAUAUAUCACAUUUACUUUGAAAGGGGACGUGUUUGUAGAAUUUAGUCAAACUUGAAAAUGGCACUUUCUA